GCUCAGAAAGACUUUAGGUGAUCUUUCAGAUAAUGACUUCAAGUCUUUCAAAAACUAUCUGAGGGACAAUGGACGUAGAAGUAUAGAAUGGGGAAAGCUGGAGAAUGCUGUUAGAGGAGAGGUAGUGGACUUCAUGGUGGAGGCGUACAUCUCAGCGGCUGGAAGCACCAUGGUAACCAUCCUAAAGAAGAUGAACAAGAAUCUUUCGGCCGAAAACUUGAAGGAGCGACUGACAAAAUGUACUAAGCCUGGUUCCAAGCGGCCCAUCACAUCAUCAGAGGGGGAGCCCUCUGAAGCCAAGAAGCCUAAGGAGGUAGCAGACGAGAAGGCCAAGGAGGGAGCAGCACCUAAAGCAGCAGCAUCUAAGGCAGCAGCACCUGAGACAGCAGCAGGCAAGAAGGCCAAUGAGGUUGUAGCAUCUAAAGCAGCAGGCAAGAAGGCCAAUGAGGCUGUAGCAUCUAAAACAGCAGGCAAGAAGGCCAAUGAGGCUGUAGCAUCUAAAGCAGCAGGUAAGAAGGCCAAUGAGGCUGUAGCAUCUAAAGCAGCAGGUAAGAAGGGCAAUGAGGCUACAUCUAAAGCAGCAGGUAAGAAGGGCAAUGAGGCUGCAUCUAAAGCAGCAGGUAAGAAGGGCAAUGAGGCUGUAGCAUCUAAAGCAGCAGCACCUAACGGAGCAGCAGGCAAGAAGGCCAAGGAGGGAGCAACAUCUAAAGUAGCAUGCAAGAAGCCUUAGGAGGUAGCAGCAUUUGUACACCCUUUGUAAGUUUCUGUAACCUGUGGAGAAGUUGGGAGGCCAUGCCAUUUAAAUUAAAAAGUAUGUUUGUCUGCAAAAAUCUGAUGGAAUAUUUUCUCUUACUUCCACAUUAUCAUUUGGAUACAAAUAAUGUUUAGUAGGUCACUGAUUCUUGAAAGUUUUGGCAAAAAAAAAUUUCCCA